AUGUUCAAGCACGAGACUAACCUCUGCUCAAAAAUUAAGGGUGCUUGCAUUGUUUCCCGAACAACAGAACAGGAGGACUACCCAUGUAACAGUAUAUUGGCCGAUGAUGAAGAGGAUGAAAUUUGGAUCACCGAUGUUGGACUUCCACAAGACUGUACAAUUCAAGUGCCUUUGCACUCGUAUCCAGUCUCGUGUGUUGGAUGGUAUUGCAAGAAGAGAUAUGUUUUCAAUCCAAAGAAAAUUAAACUCUUCAUUUCACGAAGUAGGGAUGGUCCUUUUAUUCAUUGGUCAAGUCUAAGAGCUGAGGAAAAUACUUCACUUCAUCUUUUUUCUAUUCAAUCAAUACCAGCAGAUUUUUCCUUCUUUAAAUUCUCGGUUAGUGAAACUUUUGGAGGAAAUCGAGUUUACCUUAAUAAGAUAUUCAUUCUCAGAGAUAUGCCAUCCUCAGUACCUGAAAAUACUGAAAUCAGAUCCAUUAAUGACUGCCUCAGAGAAUCGCCAACCAAAUCUCCAACUUCAUUCUCACCCAUUAAAAGUGCAAAGGCUUGUACAAUUGAAAUGCCAUCAUUUAACCCAGCUUCUUUCACAACAGACGAAUUAUCCAAAGAAUUAAGCGCCAAAUAUGACGACCUCAUGUUUAAUAUCAGUUCCAAUGAAUCAGGUUUAUUUAAUUUUGAUAAUUAUAAUAAUGGAACAGUAAUGCUAAAUUACAGUAAUGUUUCACUUAAAGAAAUCUCUAGUUCUCCCCUUGUAUCUAUUCCAACAUUUAAGAAAUCAUCCACAGCAAGAAGCAACCCUCUAGCUGCAUCCCUUCCAAACUUUAAAAAAUCAGAGAUUGAAAAGCCACACCUCAUCUCUCCAAAGAAAGAAGUGGUUACCAAGAGGGAAUCACAACCAUCAACGAAAACCUCCCCUCUCAAAGAUGUCUCUAAUCAAAUUCAAUCCGCAAUCAUUACUACCACCCGUGCCCAGGUUGAGGAAAAGAAAAAGUCUCUAGGAACCGCCACUACUAGACCUGCUUCGGCUACAAUAGCAAAGAAAGAUCAACAAGUUAAUAAGGAAAAUCUAAUCCUCGAAGAGAGACGACAAAGAGCUAAACUCAAAGAUGCUGCAGUUCAUAAAACAAGAAAGAACUUGGAGGAGCUGUCUGAAAAAGUCAAUGAGAUUAACAGGCCAACUAGAACGAGAACAUCCCUAGGUGGAUUCAAAGAUGUAAAUACCAACGAUAAGAAGAUGGAAUCUAUGGAAAAGGAAAUUGAAGAAUUAAGAAAAAAGGUGGCAUUCUUGGAAGGCAAUAUUGAAACAGUUGUGAAAAAAGAAGUUGAGGAAUUUAAAACUAAAUUCUAUGAAAAGGUUGGAACUAAAAUUAAGAAUUCCCUGACCAAGAUUGAACAACGAGUUGCAAAAGAAAAUUAUCGAUUGAUGGACGAAAGAAUUCGUACACUUACCCAUCAAUCAGAAUGUAAAAUGUUUGAUUAUAUGAGAUCCCAAAUCAAUUUGUUGAAACAGCAAGGAGAUGUAAGAAGUGUAGAUAAUGUUAAACCAACAAAUAAUUCCAUAAUUAAUGAUUUCGAUACCUCACUGAAUUUAUCAACGAGUGAACAGGUUAUAAUGUUAAAAAAGCGUAUGCAACAGUUACAUUAA